UAGAGAGGGAGGGCUCAAGGGUUGCGAUUUCAAACACACAUUUAUUUUUUUGCCAUUUAGCUUCUUUUUCUUUUUACCAUUUAGGUUUCUCUGCUCAUCCCUUUUAUUAUCAUUUUUUGCAUUAAUUGGGGUUUGCUUGGUUCAAUUCAUGUGCGUAAAUAUCACAUUUUGUGUAUUUGAGUGCAUUUAUUAUUUUUAAUUUGCUCGUUAAAUACACGUGAUUACUGCCAAAAGUUUGGUUUGUUUGCUGAAAAGUAUAUGCAGCGCAAUUAUUUUUACGGUUUGAAUAGCUACAGCGGCGGUAAUAUUGACUGCGCGCAUUUUGGCACUUGUUCACCUUGAAUCUCCCUUAUUCAUUUUGCUUCUAAUUUAUUGGUGUAUUACCACUUUAAGGAUAUAUUUAUAUUAAAUAACAAAAGGAAAUACUAGCGGGAACAAAAUGGCGGCAAACUAUUGGGAGUCAUCGCAGUUUCAGCGGUUUUUGCUCACCCGGUAUGAACUUGCCGAGCUCGAGAGUGGACACAUGGUGCAUAAUCUUUCAGUGACAGAGGUCACGCAUUUAAAAAUAUUUUUUGCAAAUAUGAUUAUGCGGAUUGGGAAGCGUAUUCGGAUUAGACAGGAGAUUAUUGCUACGGCCGUGGUGUAUUUUAAGCGGUUUUAUAUAAAUAACUCGUUUUACGAUAUAGAUCCUUAUUUGAUGACGGCGACCUGCGUGUAUCUCGCGUGCAAGGUCGACGAAAACCCGCAUCAUAUCAAGUAUGUCUGGAGCGAGUCCAAGGGGGCGUUUGCUGAGGUCUCGACGGACAUCAGGUUCCCCUUUGACGUUUCCGAUAUUGCCGAGUGCGAGAGCUACCUUUUGGAAGAAAUGAAGUUCUACCUUGUCGUAUACCACCCGUACCAAGUGCUCAUCGACCUAAACACGCAUCUGAAGUUGGCCAAACCCUCUCUCCAGGCAGCAUGGUCAAUCAUCAACGAUAGCUUUUGCACAGACAUGAUACUGGUGUACCCGCCGCAUGUCAUUGCGAUUGCCGCGAUGUUUCUUUCCAGGGUAGUGGACCAGGGGAGUUUGUCCGAGACCGAUGCCCUGCAGUGGUAUGCUGAUUUGAAUGUGGAUAUGACGGAUGUUUUGCAGGUGGUUGGGGAGUUGUUGGCGGUUUACGAUGUCUGGAGCACGUAUUCUGAGUGGAGGAUUCCGGAGCUGGUGUACCGGUAUAUUGCCGAUAUUGCUGCGUCUUGCUAGCAAAAAAUUAGAAGGAAAAAAAUUUGUACACGUGCGUGGAUUCCCUUAAAUAUCGAGGAUUUCAGUUUGCCGAUAUUAUUUUUUGAUAAA